GAUCGCUUCAAGUCCCCAAACGUGUUACAGUUUCAUCUUUGAGCUCUCGUGGAAUGUUCGACUAAGCGUUCGUAUUGAUAUCAGUUUUUACCUAUAAAUUUCGAAGGCGCAUUAUGUUCUCGAGGUCGUCUUAUUGGAGAAUAACGAUAUUGUGAGCUACCCUUGAGUCGAUACGAAAUGCUGUUUUCUGCAACAGCGGGUAUCCACAGCCAAACGACAGCUUUCAAGUGGUACGCCCGAAUUCAGUCCAUCGAGUAACUGCCAGUUACACAUAGUUAUCAAAUCUGUCCUGCAAGUGAACCUCAGAUAAUUUAAAAAUUGCCAGCGUAGACUUUGUUAGGGUUUUCAGGCUGGCGUACCAACAUCGCCAAAGAUGUCACAUUGGAAAUCCCAGCUUAAUAACUACCAUGGUUCGAAGUUACUAUUACCAAUCGCUGUGAAAUUGGGCAUCCAGGUAGACAAGUUAAACUUUCUUGCCGCUGGAUUUGUAGCUGUGGGAAUGGCCUAUAUAUACAGCUAUCUCAUACACGUACAAAGGAUGUCAGUGAAAGCACGAAAAAUCUUAGUAAUCAUCUUUGGCGUAAUUAUCCUGUCUUUCUGUUUUGGGCGCGAUAUCGUUUACGUUGUAAUCGAGGCUACAGUGUCUUACGUUCUUAUGCGAGUAGUAUCACUCCAGAGUCUUCCACAGAUUACGCUCGUUGUCUGCCUAAUUUACCAAUCAGCCCUUCAUCUUCUCCGACAAUAUUCAGAUCCGGGAGGCUACACAAUAGAUAUUACCGGCGCAAUCAUGAUGCUUACACAACGAGUAUCAAUACUCGCGUUCAGUUUACGCGACGCCGUCCACACCGAUGGCCUGACGGGAGAGCAAAUACGCGACGCAAUCCCGGAAAUGCCAGAUGUUCUGUCGUACUUCGCCUAUAUGUUGGACUUUCACAUGCUUCUUGCUGGGCCCCUUAUUCCAUACAAAACUUUUAUGCGCAUCACCGAAGGAAAAAACCUCCGACCAGAUGGAUCGACAGCAGUCACUCAUUGGCGAGUGGUUUGUAAACUGUUUUGCGUUGGAUUCAACAUUCUUCUAAUACUUUUUGUUGUACCGCUGAUCAAAGAAAAUGACAUACUCUCCGAGUGGUUUUCCAGUUUGCCGUUUUACCGGAAAAUUCUGUGUAUUGUAGCCUUUAGCUUUCUGUGUCGUCUGCAAUAUUACGUGGCAUGGAAGCUUGCCGAGGCGUCGUGCGAUGCUUCAGCCUACGGUUAUUAUAUUACCAAAAACGGUGAGGAGCGGUGGGACGGAGCCGAUAACAUCAAUAUCACCCAGGUUGAAACAGCGACAAGCAUGAAAAAUCUCAUCGACAAUUGGAACGUGUCUACACAGCGCUGGCUUAAACAUGUGUGCUACGACCGUCAGCUGAAAUACAAAACGAUCAGGACGUUUUUCCUUUCGGCUCUCUGGCACGGCCUAUACCCUGGCUACUUUCUUUCAUUUAUGACGGCAAUGUUCUUUGUGGUUGCCGCACGCGAGGUGCGUAAUUAUCUUCGACCACGGCUUUUGUCUGGAAGACUGCUAUCCAAGCCAGUCUAUGACGUAGUCACGUAUAUUGUAACAGCGGUAUUUCUCUCAUACUCUAUCAUGCCGUUCAUACUGUUGCAGUUGGACAAAGCGUUUUACAUUUGGCGAGAACUUCACUUUUUUGGCCAUCUUAUAGCACCGUGGGCAUUUGCGUUGCGGUUGUUCCUGCCUAGGGUACCUUUAACUACGCCUGCCGCAAGCCAAGUCCUGCUUGGACCCUAUCUUGGGCUAAAAACGGAAAAUAAGAUCAGCUGAUUUGUGGCCCACUUGUGUGAAUAUGUGUAUCUGUGUUUGUAUAACUGCCUCUUAUAUGCGAAGCAUCAAUCUGCUAUUUUCUCGAAAAAUUAAGCCUGCGUGAAAAGCACAGUUUGACUAUACAGGCGGUCCAAAGCAACCAAUCAAACAUUCUACAUUAUAUACGAACUUUUUCGCGGUAUAGCCAUUAUCAAGUUGCCUGUAACCAUCAGAUUCUGAUUAACGGUCGCAGAUAAGGCUUUAUAGAGAAAAGCCUGUAAAUUUUUAAAACUGCCGAUGGAAAUCGUGCAAGAUAAAGAAUGGCUUCGUUGA